UCCAGCGGGCACCGAGCUGUGAUUCAGAUGGAAACACUCAACACGUGUCGCGUCCCAAACACUUCGUGUGGUUCCUUUUAGAAGCGGAGGAGACCCGGAAUAAAGGCAGCUCUCAGCCGCCGGUCGGACCGAGCGCCAGGAUGUCUGAGGAGGCCCCACCGGAGGGGGAGCAGCCCCAGACCCAAACCCAGUCCACCCUGUCCCCCUCCCAGGCCAGGUCCCAGUCUCAGCCCGGCUCCAGUUCGUCCAGCGGACCCGCCUCGGGCAGCCAGUCCUCCAGCGGCUCGGGGACCCUGAGCAGCGUGGACACCAUCCCCGUCACCCUGCCCUCCGUCCCGGAGGAGCCGGAGCCGCAGCCCUGGGGCCGCCUCCUGCCCAUGGCUCAGGGCUUCAGGACCCAUGACUGCCUGGAGGACCAGUACCUGUUCGGCCGGGACCUGAAGUGUGACCACGUGCUUGGGGAUCCCAGUGAAAAACGGUCCAAAAAGUUCCGGAUCUACAGCAAGAAACACUUCCGGAUCUUCAGGGAGGACGGCCAGGUGUUCGUGGAGGACAAGAGCAACAACGGCACCUUCGUGGACGGAGUCCUGGUGGGUCUGAACAAGAAGCUUCCCCUGGUCAACAACGCCGUCCUGGCCCUGGCCGAGCAACGGAACCGAGUGUUUGUCUUCAUGGACCUCAUGGCAGACGAUCAGUCCAGUUUACCUAAAGGCUUGCGGGAUAAGUACAUGCUGACGCGACAAAUUGGCACAGGAGUGUGUGGCAAGGUGCGACUGGCCUUCGAGAUCUCCACCUGCAGGAAGUUUGCAGUGAAGAUCAUCGACAAGAAGAACUUCCAGUCCGAAGGGACGGCGACCCGAAAUGCAGAGACAGAGAUAGAGAUUCUGCAGAGGAUCGACCAUCCCUGUCUCAUAAAAACCCAAGAUUUCUAUCAGACGGAGGACAAAUACUACAUCGUGCUGGAAAUGAUGGAGGGGGGAGAACUCUUCCACAAAGUCAAGUCUCAGCAGCAGCUGAAGGAAUCCGUCGCCAAACUCUACUUCUACCAGAUGCUCCGCGCCGUCCAGUAUCUCCACGGUAAAGGGAUCAUCCACCGGGACCUGAAGCCAGAGAAUAUCCUGCUGUCCUCAAACGAGGACAUCUGUCUCAUCAAGGUGACAGACUUCAACCAGUCCCGGAUCCUGGAGGACGCGGCGUUGAUGAGGACGCUGUGCGGGACACCGUCCUACCUGGCUCCUGAGGUCUUCACCCACGCCUCCACCACCGGCUACGGUCUGGCCGUGGACGCUUGGAGCCUCGGGGUUCUGCUCUUCGUCUGUCUCAGUGGUUACGCGCCGUUCCAUGAGAGUUUCAGUGAACUUUCAGUCACCGAGCAGAUCAUCCGGGGACAGUUCACCAUGGUUGCAUCCAAGUGGAAAUGCGUCUCUAAUGAAGCCAAGGAUGUGGUGAGGAAGCUGCUGGUGGUGGAUCCCACCAAGAGGGUGACGAUCGACGACGCUCUGCAGCACCCCUGGUUACAGGAUCAGGAGAUGCUGGACACGGCUCACAGACUCAUGUACCCGACAGAGGCGGACGCUGCUGACACUCCUGCUGCCAUGGAGGCAGAGUCUGCACCCGGAGACACAAGGAGGAAAAGAGAAAGAGAAGAUGAUGAUGAUGAAACGCAUCCUGCAAAGAGAAGUCAAGCCCCGCCCCCUGCCCCUUUGAGCAAGUGACACUGUUGUAGAAAGUUUUUAAAGUU